AUGGGAAGAUCACCUUGUUGUGAUAAAACUGGACUCAAGAAAGGUCCAUGGACACAUGAAGAAGAUCUUUUGCUUGUCAACUAUAUUAAUACUCAUGGAGCUGGAAAUUGGCGCAACCUCCCCAAAAAUGCUGGUCUUCAAAGAUGUGGUAAGAGUUGUCGGCUUCGUUGGACGAAUUACUUAAGACCUGAUAUCAAGAGAGGGAGAUUCUCGUUUGAAGAAGAAGAAGCUAUCAUUCAACUUCAUAGUGUCUUGGGAAACAAAUGGUCGGCUAUAGCGGCUAGAUUACCGGGAAGAACAGAUAAUGAAAUAAAGAAUUACUGGAACACGCACAUUAGGAAAAGACUACUUCGAAGUGGAAUUGAUCCGGUCACUCAUACACCGCGUCUUGAUCAUCUAUUCGACAUGUCGUCCAUUAAUAUUCUGAGAUCAGCUUUAUUAGGAUCCAAUCCAUCAUUUCUGAAUCUAUUAGGUGGUGCUCAAGCUUUGAUGAAUCCAGAAUUGUUAAAACUAGCUGCAACUGCCACACUAUUAAACAACAACAUGAAUUUGGUUUCACAGAAUCAACAACAGUUCAAUAAUGUUGCUAAUUAUUCUACUCAACAACAAGCACAAAAUAAUCAAGUUUCUCUACAAGAUCAGUUUCAAAUACCGACUCAAACUCACAACAAUAUAAUCACUAGUUCGAUUUCAGCUGAAAAUUCAAAUCCUUGUAAUUUUGAGGAGGAUUUAAUUUCUAAACAAUAUUCAGAACUGUUUCAUUGUCUUAAUCAUGGAAAUAAUAACAAUAUGGGAUAUGAAUCGGUUAUAUCGUCUACGCCGUUAUGGACGACACCGACACCGACACCGACACCAUCAUCAACUUAUGUGAAUAGCUGCACAGAGGAAGAGAGAGAUACAUAUUGCAGUGACAUAUUCAAGUUUGAAAUUCCAGAGAGUGGUUUGGAUAUUAAUGAUUUCUUGUAA